CAACGUCUACCCUUACAUUACCUUACCUUAUACUUCAACUCACCUACCUACCUUGACAUCCAUCACCCAAAAUUUCAUAUCGAUAACCUUACACUUGGAAGCAACUUGUCCAUGUGCGUCGCGCUCUGCAGUCAGCGCUCGUUCUCAAACAUCAACAUUUAGACUGCAACAUACGAGGCGCCAUGGACCAGUCUAUCAUUCGCAUCUCCAAGGAGCUGGGUGACAUCCAGAAGAAUUGUGACUUGUGUAUGUCGCUUUUGCCAAAUGGCAUAUACCACGCAUUCGAAAAACGGAACUGACCACGCGAUCACCUUUUAUUACAGCGCUCGCCGUAGCAUGUCGCGACAUCGAUGUUCGCAAUGUAAAGGCCUUGAUCAUGGGUCCCCAUGAGACUCCCUAUGAGUUUGGGUUCUUCGAGUUUGCCAUUCGGUUCCACAAAGAAUAUCCUUCCAAAUCCCCGAAUGUAAUCUGUAUCACCACAAAUGGGGGACGUUGUCGCUUCAACCCCAAUGUCUACAGCAACGGGAAAGUCUGUCUAUCAAUUCUAGGAACAUGGCGUGGGGAGCGUGGAGAGGAGUGGUCAUCUGCGCAAGGACUUGAAUCAAUCCUAUUAUCCAUCCAAAGUCUCCUAUCAUCUAACCCCUACGAAAACGAGCCGGGAUUCGAGGAUGCCAACGAUGAAAGCGACAAGAAAAACCAAAAGGACUAUAUCCAAAAGAUUUGUCACGAGACACUACGUAUCAGCGUCAUCCAACGUUUGGAAGGCUAUCUUGGAAUGAACCCCGGUAGCACGCAGUUGCACAAUCUUCCAGGAGCGAAUGAGAUGGAUGAUGAUGACAUUGACGAGGCUACCGUCCCCUUCGAGCCUUUUAGAGAUCUGUGCAAACGCCGCUUUCUUUGGUAUUACGAAUCAUACCUCGCUGCGAUCGAAAAAGGCAAAUCAGAGACCAAGCCCAACCAGCCUUUUGCAAGAAUGCCGUUUGAGUCGCCAGGAAACAACUCAAUGGAUGGGAAAUUCAAUUAUCCCGAGCUCGGGAGCCGCCUGCAUGCUAUCAAGGCUGCCAUCGACGCAGAGCCCGAGAAAUGGGCCGUGGAGGGCCUAGAAGCCAAGAAGAAGGAGACAACUGUUGCUGUUAACCUUCAGCAUCAGUUCGAGCAGGUUGUCGAAGUAUUCAAACGAAGCGAUAUGCCACAUGACGUUUUUCUUGAGAACGAGAACCCCUUCGUCUGGGUCAUAACCUAUUUCGGACGUCCUAUGACCAACCUCGAUGGUGGUCUGUUCAGAAUCAAAAUGAACUUCAGCGUUCGUUUCCCCGAAGAGCAACCUCGUGUCAAAUUCGAGACCAAGAUCUUUCACCACCACAUCGCUGCAGACGGUACAGCAUGCUACACUCCGAACCCUAUGAAAAGGGAAGAUGUGCGAUCCCAUAUUGAUGCCAUAUUUGCGAUCCUUGAAGAUGAUGAGCCAGCCUAUGACCCACGCAAAAUUGUGAACCCGGAAGCGACCAAGAUGUACUGGGGAGGAAGCCCAGACGACAAGAAGAAAUACAACCGACGCCUUCGUCGAUCCGUACAGCAGAGCAUGGAGUCAGUAUCUAAUCAAGAUGUCCUGCAGUCAUUCCAUGUGCAAGCUAACCGACCUUUACAGGGACUUCCCAGAGUAACUCACAUGCUCCGUCAGGCUUGAUACCAGGAUUUAGAUGAAAAUAUCACGGGGGCGUACUAGGUCAACAUCAGGGGCAUUGAUCUGAUUUACAUGGCGUUGGGGCCUGUGGUUCAUGUUGAAAUGACAUGGUCUGAGGAUUGGACCAUUUCUUUACAAUGCGGUUGACUUGAUUUGCCGUGGCCAGGUUGUGAUACAUGUGGCAUAAUCUACACAAGGCUACUAGACAUAUGAGAUAUACCAAGUCGCCCUAUUUCCUUGCCCCAGUGAAAACCUAUCGAUUUACUCUUGAUUUUGGGUUAUGAGACCCACAGACCUUCCUGUAAUGAAGAUGUUUCUUCAAACACAAGCACGAUUAAGAGGUUAACAUAUUACAUACGGCUUUCCUUUUGCAAGUUGCUCAGUACACAAAUUUCAAAUCCAACAUAAUUGCUUGUUUGGUUUCGUUGCCAAUGUUACCAGAAUAAGUGAUCAGCAUAAUCGAAAUGUCGGGUUGUAUUGUUUGCACCCUAUGAAACGCCAACCAUCUAUUCUCUAACGCCGAUAUGUGAAUAUGAUGUAUCCAUUGCAUCAAAGUUCCGCUCAAAGACAAUAUUUGGAAUCUGUGUAUGCGAUUUCUUUCGUAAAUCAUGGUGCCAUCAUUUCUCAUGACCUCCUACUCUUGGGCUUCUUGCUUAGGCGGUCCUGGGUUGGGUUAUAGGGCGCCGCCACACCUUGGUAUCUCUCUUGCUUCCCUUCACCUCUGAAUUCGUACAUGCCGUUUACGCCUAUCGCUGCUGGUGUGCCCUGGUUGGGACGCGUGACUUGUUCGUUGUGAAGUUUGUCGAGGGAGUCACCGACCACAGCGUAUUGCGACCAGUUGAUGGGCGGGCAGCGAACCACAUUUUGCGGCUGGGGAAGAUUCGUCCAUGCUGGUGGUUGGGUAGCGAUGCGCUGCUUGGAGGACCCUUCACCGGGGCCUUGUUGAUUACCGCUGCCUUGACCGCUCAUCCCUGUAUCUUCAUCGUCGCUAUCGCUAUCAUCUUCGGGCGCAUUAAUCUUUCCUGCGACAAGGUCUUUUACGAAAGCUUCAGGGUCCUGGACAGCUUCGUCUUUUGCGCGACUGAGAGCUUGGAUGUCGGCAGUAGCGCGCUGUCGCUGAAUUUGUAGAAUGGAAAUCGCUGACUUGAGCGCAAUGACGUCUGGGUUGGAAUCAAAGGCUAUUGGUUGAGGUGCAGGCGGUGGUAUCGCAGUCUGGUCGGGUUGUGAAUGUGUAAGGCUUGGAUGACCGCCGGCGCUUGCGCUUGUAGCUUCGGUCAAGGGGCGUUGGGUAGGACGCAAGGGAGGUGUGAUAGGGGAAACAGGCGGUCGGGUCGGAGAAGGGGGAUUAUUGCUGGGAGGGUUGUCGGUGUUGAUUGUGAGGGCGGGCAUGAUCGAGUUGCGCCGCUGAAGAAAUUGCUUUUGUUGACUCUGACAAAGAUGUAAGCUCUUGCGCAAGUUGAUUGUGAGCUAGGCACCGAAGAACGGAGAUGUCACGGGAGAGCUCCGGACGACGGCGGAGGAGGAAGUGAGAAUGGUCCAAUAGGAACAAAGACGUGGGACACAGGACCGAAGAUGAGGGAAGUGAGAAGAGAAGUGGACGGGACGGGAUCG